UCCGGACUAAGUAUUUCUAGGAAGAUAAUUUUUUUUUAUUACGCUAAUAUUUUUUAAUUAAUCUUGUUAUCAUUUUUAAUGAAGAAGCAACGGACCUUUUACGGUUGUUCGACAAUGGGAUUGCCGUACAGAUAUUUUUUUCUUACACUCGAUUGAGGACGUUAUCGUUUCAUAAAAUUAAUCACAUACGCUUAUCAAUGCUCUGUUUCGAGUAUGUGUGUAGGGUGGCAGAGAAAUGGGGAUCAUUUUCAUCGAUUUAACGAAACUUUUGCAUUGUCACAAUCUGUUUUUCAUUGUUGUGACACGCGCGUUUGUAUAUAACUUUUAAAUGUAGUAAAUUUUAAUUUUGUAUUCUAAUAGUGAAGGAGCCGUUUGAAAGAAGUUUAUGAUUAUAACCUCAUACUGUUGAAUGCCGUUAUUGUUAAAAGACUGAUAAGAAUUAUGUCAGCAGAAAAUGCACAGACAUUAGAUAAAUCUAUCUAUAUGCAUGAAGAAUAUGCACUAAUUCAGGACCUAGAAGAAUAUCAAGAAGAUAUAUUAGGUGGACUGUCAGUAUUGGUAAAUGAAAACAAUUUAGAUAAUUCACAGGUACAAGAAUUAGUACUUAACGAUCAACUUCUUAAUGCAUUUACUUCUGUAACAUUGCCCGAUGGAACUCAAGCUUUUAUAACACAAAAUCUUAAUUCCAAUGAUUCUGAGAAAGAGCAAACAAGUUUGAGGCUUGACAAUGGUGCAAUAUUUCUACGAGAUAUUGCAGAACUCAAUAAUGGAAAACUUAUACAACUCCAGUUGGAUUCAUUAGGUAUGGAAUUUCCAAAAAGUGAUAAUGUAUUGAGCGAUGAAGGAAACCUUCAUUCUUGUUUACAAAUUAUAAAUGGAGUAGUAUAUUUGGUAACUAAUGAAGUUGAAGACUGUCAAAAUUUAUGGAAUAUAUCAAAUGAAAAACCAAAGAAAGAUGCAAUAUUUUCUGCUAAUAAUCAAACCGAAGGAGAGAAGCCUAAAAACAAACAUGAGUGUCCAAGGGAGGAUUGCACCAAAGUAUACAGUACACUCCAUCAUUUAAAGGUUCAUGAACGUACACACACAGGUCAAAGACCAUAUAAAUGCACACAUCCAAAAUGUAAAAAAAGUUUUUCUACUGGUUAUAGUCUUAAAGCUCAUUUACGUACACAUACUGGUGAAAAGCCAUAUAAGUGUACUACAGAAGAAUGUGAUAAAAGUUUCAAAACAUCAGGAGAUCUUUUGAAGCAUGUAAGAACUCAUACAGGCGAAAGACCUUUUGUUUGUCCAUUUGAAGGCUGUGGUAGAUCAUUUACUACAAGUAAUAUUAGGAAGGUACAUAUAAGGACACAUACAGGGGAACGGCCUUUUAAAUGUCCCCAACCAAAGUGUGGUAAGGCCUUCGCUAGUUCUACGAAUUACAAAAACCAUAUACGUAUUCAUUCUGGUGAAAAGCCGUAUGUUUGUUCAAUAAAUAAUUGUGGACGGCGAUUCACCGAGUACUCUAGUCUUUAUAAGCAUCACAUUGUUCACACACAGGAAAAGCCUUAUGAAUGUGAAAUUUGUCAUAGACAGUACCGCCAACAUAGCACACUUAUUAUGCAUAAGAAAACGACUCAUUCGAUAAUUGAUAUUGAUAAUGACCAAGAUAAUGUAUUAGAUGUAUUAUUAGAAAAUUCAGUUGAUGUGAUCGAUCAAACAAAGCAACUCUCUUUUGUUAAAAAUGAACAAAUAGAAACUAGUGAUUGUGGCACAGAAGAAGAAACACAAAUUUUACUUGUUGAAGACCCGAGUCAAUUAGUUACAUUUCAGGAAAUGGAAAAUCUUAAUGAUGAAUCUGAAAAAAAUUCUAUCGAUAUUGCUUUAGAAGAAUUAAAUAUUAAGUAUGAAGAUGUGGAAUUCAGAUGGAAUUAAUAGAUAUUAAUUUAAAUACUACGUAAACUACAAAUCGAGCUUCGACGAAAAAAUAUUGAUAAAAUACCAUAAGCAAAUUUUUUUUACAAUUUUUCUA